AUGGCUUUCAUCACACUCUAUUACACUGCAGAGGCUCGACGAAGAAAAGCUGACCUCGAUGCCAGAUCCUCAGCGGCUUCCAGCCAGGCGUCGUCCAGGCCACGCCGAUCUGGAAACUCGACCUCUAUCUCAUCAGCAUCUGUUCAACGGGGAUUCGGCUCCCAGGAAGACCGACGACAUAGUCUCAAGUUGACAGUGAAAGCGCCUCCCAGCAAGCUCCGCGAGGUCAUGCGCGCCAAUGAAGUCGAGACACUGAAGGACACACUUGGUGGUGGCCAAGUAUUGGAUGGUCCCCGAUCGAGCCGCAGAUCAACACUCGCCGCUAGAAGUAGUGCCCGUGGCGGCCAAAAACCAAAGUAUACCGACUUCGCCGAUAGUGAAGACGAAGAUGACGAUGACGAAGAAGAAGAAGACGACGAAGACGAGGAGGACGAGGAGGAGGAACAGGAAGAAGAAGUCGAGGAGGUAGAAGCUAUGAAUGAUUUCGACGCACUCGGCGCAGAGGCAGAAGGAACCACGGACGAAGACGAGGAUGUUGAAAUGGAAGAUGCGCCUCCUCCGCCCUCGAAGAAAACCGCCCCGCCGAAAGCGCCCAAGAUCACACUGAAGCCACCGGCCAAGAAAGCCGAUGGUAGACAGGGCAAGCCUAAGUUGGUUGUCACCCCUGCCAAGGUCGGCCCUCUCAAGUCGGUUGAGGACCAGGAGAUGGAGGAUGACCCAGGCGACGAAGAAGUCGAAGGCUCUUCUGACCUGUCGGACGAAGACAAUGACACUCCUGCCAAUGCCGAAGACGAAGAUGCGGAAGGUGAGGAAGACGAGAUCGAAGUAGGAGGAACUACUCUUCAAGCCGAAGAUGACGAAGAACUCGACGAGGAGGACGAGGAAGACAGUGAUGGCAGCCUCGACGAUAGUGACGACAUGCCUGGGUCCGGUAGUGCGACUCCAGAUCUGAGCAGGAUGACCAAGAGGCAGCGAGGCAGACCGGAAGAUCAAAAUACAUUGAUGGCUCUGGACAUGGCACCUCAGCAACGAAAAUUUUUUACCGACGAGGAGAAGGCGAUGAAGAAAGACGAGCAUGCCAGAAAACGCAAGGAGCUGACCAAGCGAAAGGUGCAAGAAGAGAAGGCGGCUGCUUUGAACCGUUUGCUCAAACCUCAGGUGUCCAAAACUCGAGGAGCCGCUCCAAAACCAGAAACUCUUGCAGCCGCAGCGGCCGCGAUUGGAUCGCCAUACGAAGAGGAAGACUACGUCAAAGCCAACCCUCUUUACACGAGGUGGAUCAGCACCAAGGAUGGUAUCAAGCUUGGUGUCCCCGAUGCCUGGCUGGGCAAGAACGUUGGUAAAUACUUUGGACCGCUUCCUCCGAGCAAUGGCCCGCUUGUGCAGGAAGUUGACUAA